AUGGCUGUGUUUCACGAUGAGGUGGAGAUCGAGGACUUCCAAUAUGACAAGGACUCCGAAACGUAUUUCUACCCCUGUCUGUGUGGGGAUAACUUUUCUAUCACCAAGGAAGAUUUGAAGAAUGGGGAAGACGUGGCAACGUGUCCUAGCUGCUCUCUCAUUAUAAAAGUGAUUUAUGACAAAGAUCAAUUUAUGUGUGGAGAAACAGUCCCAGCCCCUUCAUCCAACAAAGAAUUAGUUAAACGCUGAAGAAACCUUCAGGAAUCCACAUCCUGAACAGUUGAGAAUGAGCCCAGGUGGAAAUAUCAAACGCAGAGUAACUGAUUUUUUUCACGGGGACAAUUGUUUUGUGGUUUGCCAUUCUGUUAGCGUGUGGAUCUUUUCACCAACUGCUGAGUUCAUCUUCAAAUAGAAAAGUGAGCACCUGAUGAGUCAUACCUGGAUUUCAUGUUUAGAAUGUUGAAUUGGAAGCAUUCUUAAUUAUCCAU